AUGAGUGAACAUACCGAACAAUCUCUGACGUUUGACUCAGAGAGCAGCGGGCCACGUCCACCCGCAUCUGCAGCCACCACCACCGCCGCAGCCGGCCCAUCUAGCUCCUACCACAGAAACAAUAGCAAUAGUAACAGCAAUAUCAAUCUCAGCAAUAUCAUAGGCAGUACCAACAAUCUUAGCUCUGCCAAGAGUCACACCUACAGUCCCAUCUACAAUCACCAUAAUAAGAACGGCUCUAUCGCUAAUGCUUCUGCCACGGCUGAUCUUGCCUCUUCCAAACAGCCGGGUACGAGCAAUAUGAGUACCGCCGCAUUACCACUCUCUUCACUUAGUUUCGGUCGAGGUAACUCUAUUUUACAGUAUAGUAGAAAGAGAGGAGGUCCUAUGACUUUAUAUGUGCGUGCGGCGAGUAGUGAUGAUUCGGAUACAUCUGUAUUGCCUGCAGAUACAAGAGAUGAUGUUACGAGUGCUGUUGCGCAAGUGAAUGAAGAGACACCUGAUGAAAGUGCACAAGAUGAAUCUGUCACAUCGUAUAUCUUCAAUAUGUUAGAAAUGGGGGCUAGUUCAAUACAUAAUUUAAAGAAUGUAAUCCCUGAUAUUCUUCGACAUCCACAGAAAACUCGUUUUGUUACAGAAAUUCUUGUUUUUGUAUUCUUUUUUAUUACAUUUAUUUUUCUUCUUGGGGUCACUCAAGAAAGAAUUGAAUGGAUGGCUAAAAUAUCUGCAUACAAUAAUGAGCAAGGUCUUUUGGUUAGUACAAGCCUUACAGAAGAGUUACUUGAAAAAUCAAAUGAGUUAAAUGAACUUAAGAUGCCGAUUAAACGAACUUCUCCAGAUGUUUUAGAGAAAGCAUCUAUGCUAAUGAAGAAUAUCUCCGAUUCUCGGGAAAUUAGUGUAAAACUUCUCCAUUCACGUCUUCUUUAUCCAGGUCCUGUGGAAGAUAUUAAAUUUCUCUUAGAGGAACAUGUGGCCUAUAAGAUAAAUUUAGCACGAUUAGUGAGAGAAGAAUUGGAAUGGCUUGAUAAGAAAAAGCAAAUUCUCAUAGGAAAUAGAGAUUCACCUGUUGAGAGUCAAGUGAGGUUAAAACCAAAACAGAAAUCUCAAUGGUAUCAACAGAAAUCUCAAAAACAACAUAAACAACAAGAUUUAAAACAACAACAACAAAUCCGACAAGAAAAACGUACAGAACAACAUUCAAAAUCAGAAGUUAUGUUACAACCUGCACGUAAAGAAGGUAUGGUAUCUAGUGUGGAAUUAUUUGAUACUGGGUUAGUGAAUAUUUUCGUUUCAUCUCUACAAUAUCGUGUAGUAGCAUUUUUUAUUCUUAUUUUUCUUGUAAUGCUUUACAUACGAUUAUUUUAG